AUGCGACAGUCCGUAGUAGCAGCCCGACAAUCACAGCUGCCAAACCCUGCAAAUGCUGCAGCUGCGGCGAAGUUACUCGAAAAGAAGAAGGAGUACGAAGCAGCAGCAGCUCUGGAGAGAGCGAGCUUGAACUUCGUGAGACGCAUCGAGGAGCUCGGCGAUGACUUCGACGUGAUGGCAGAUGCGGGUCGAGUCCAUGGGCAGGUACUAGAGCAGUGGCCGAACAUGUUCAGGAUCCUGAGUCUGUUCUUGUCGGCGCGUGAACAGCGCAUUGAUGACACCGAGCUUGCACCAACCACGUCUGGUGAACGCCUGGUGCGCGUGCCGAUCGAAGAGCUACAAUCUCCGGAAGACAAAUCAUCAUAA